GCUUGGAGCUUCUACUCACCAUCACCAACAACCAGUUGCACCGCGGCAAUGGCCGACACGAACUCCUCCUCUGCGCAGCCCGCUGCCACCACCGAGAAUGCGCCCAACCUCCACAAAGACGAAGUCACCGGAGAGAUGGUGUCCAAGAGCGAGUUGAAGAAGCGUCAGAAGCAACGAGAGAUCGAGAAGAAGAAAGCAGAGAAGGCGGCCAAGCUGCCAGAGCGUCCCAAAAAGACUGAUGGCAAAUCCAAGGAGGCUGAGGUUGAGCUCACGCCCAAUCAAUAUUUCGAAAUUCGAAGCAACAAGAUCAACGCGCUGAGAGCCUCCAAGGAUCCAAUCCCAUAUCCACAUAAAUUCGAUGCGCACACUCGACUACCCCACUUCCUCUUGGACCACAAAGAUUUGAAGCGCGGAGAAGAGUUGCGCGAGACCGAAGUCAAGAUGGGUCUACGCGUCAUGUCCAUUCGAGUUGCAUCCAAUGCUCUCCGUUUCUAUGUCUGCAAGUCUGAAGGAAUGACUGUACAGAUUAUGUGCCAACUUCAAAACGCCAAGGGCGAUGUUCCCUUUGAGAAGCAGCAUGAGAACAUCCAGCGCGGAGACAUCAUCGGUGUAGUUGGCUGGCCUGGUGUGACCGCUCCCAAAAACCGCCCUGAUGGUGGUGAUCUUAGUGUCUUCGCCCAGGAAGUCAUUCUGUUAACUCCCUGCUUGAGGAUGUUACCCACUGAGCAUUUCGGCUAUAAGGAUCAGGAACAGAGGCACCGCAAUCGUUUCCUCGACUUGAUCAUGAACAACUCUACUCGGGAGACAUUCAUCACCCGUUCCAAGGUCAUUAAAUCAAUUCGGUCAUACCUCGACAAGCGCGACUUCCUUGAGGUCCAGACACCUAUGAUGAAUAAGAUCGCUGGUGGCGCUACGGCCCGACCUUUCAAGACACACCACAACGAGCUAGAUAUGGAGCUCUUCAUGCGUAUUGCACCUGAGCUGUAUCUUAAGCAGCUUGUAGUCGGAGGCCUCGACAGGGUCUACGAGAUUGGUCGGCAAUUCAGGAACGAAGGUAUUGAUCUUACUCACAACCCAGAGUUUACUACUGUAGAGUUCUAUCAGGCCUAUGCUGAUAUGCAUGAUGUUCUGCGAAUGACCGAGGAGAUGGUGUCUGAGUUGGUUUAUUCGAUAAAGGGAUCGUACGAUACAGUCUAUCAUACACAGAGCGGAGAAGAGUAUAAGGUCUGCUGGAAAGCGCCGUGGGCUAAAGUUGAAAUGAUCCCCGCACUCGAAGCUGCAACCGGGGAGAAGUUCCCUCCUGCUGAUCAGCUGCAUACCGCCGAGACAAACGAAUUUCUGAAGAAAGUGCUCCAGAAGGUCAAUGUGCAGUGCUCCGAGCCUCGUACCAACGCUAGGAUGAUCGACAAGCUCGUUGGAGACUUCAUUGAGGAGAAGUGCAUCAAUCCUACAUUUAUCAUCGGUCACCCAGAAGUCAUGAGCCCGCUUGCCAAAUAUCACCGCGACAUUCCCGGCCUUUGCGAGCGUUUCGAAGCUUUUGUCUGCAAGAAAGAAAUCUGCAAUGCAUACACUGAGCUCAACGAUCCGUUCGACCAGCGCUUGAGAUUUGAGGAGCAAGCAAACCAAAAGGCGCAAGGCGACGAUGAGGCGCAGCUCAUCGAUGAGACCUUCCUGCAGAGCCUUGAGUACGGGCUCCCGCCCACUGGCGGAUGGGGCCUAGGAGUUGACCGACUGGUCAUGUUCCUCAGCGACAACUACUCGAUUAAGGAGGUCCUGACCUUCCCUUUCAUGAAGGACGUUGAGGAGCCCAAGAAGACCGCUGCUGAAGUUGUAGGGAUCGAGCCCAAGCCUGAGGAGGGUAUUCCCCACAAAUAG